CAAGAAUUUUAUCAAUGUCAUUGUUUGAACAAAAUCUUUUUAUUCUCUGUCUGGGUAAACAGCAGCCUAUUCGAUGAAGUAUUUUGCGCCUUGAUACUUUUGAAACAGCACAUAUGACUUGUUGCAUCCGUCAAGCACUACCUCCAAAUCUAUUCCAGGCUUAAUUUUCUGGUCAUUUUAAGGAAUUAGUGACAAAAUGGGUCAUAAUUCAAAGAAGAAGAAGAAGGGUGGUAGAAGUAAAGGAAGGACGCAAUUGAAGGAUCAUACUUCUAGUUCUGGUGAUUAUAAUGAGCUACUUGCAGAAGAGAUCACCGCCUUAUGUGCAAUAUUUCAAGAGGACUGUAAGAUUGUUUCAGAAUCACCUCCUCAAAUCAUUAUCAAGCUCAGGCCUUACUCAAAGGAUAUGGGCUAUGAGGAUCUAGAUGUUUCAGCUCUGCUUUCAGUCAGGUGCUUACCAGGAUAUCCUUACAAGUGCCCGAAGUUGCAGAUUACUCCAGAGAAGGGCUUGACAAAAAGUGAUAUGGAUAAUCUUAUUUCCCUCCUUCAUGACCAAGCAAAUUCCAAUGCCCGUGAAGGACGGGUCAUGAUUUUCAAUCUGGUUGAGGCUGCUCAAGAGUUCUUGUCUGAAAUAGUUCCUAUCAGUCCAGCACCUGAAUCUAUUUUGUGCUCAACUCUGGAUAGCAGCGGCCAAUUGUCUCAGGACACUGCAGUUACAAGUAACAAGAAUUGCUCUUCCAGUGAACCAUAUGUUUAUGGUUUCAUAGACCUUUUCAGUGGCUCUGGGGAAUCAUGGCACUGGGGUCUUGCAGUGGAUGACAACAGGGGAGGAAAUACUUCAGUAAAAUCCCAUCCGUUAGAUGGUUCAAAAGUUGGAUAUGGGGUACAGAAAAAGAAACUUGACAAAGUCACAAAGCCAUUGACAGUGCAAGAAACAAAGCCAAGUCCAGUGCUUCACCCUGUUGAAGAAGAUAGUGAAGAUGACAGUAAGAGCAUUGCGACUGACUUUAGCACAUCUCUGACAGAGGAAUCAGAAAAAUCUCUGAUGGAGGAAUCAGAAGAGAAUGAAAUGGAAGGCAAGGAGAAUGAAGAAAAGAGUGAUAGGCUGGCUACUUGGAGCAAAAAGAAAGGAGAAAUUAAGGAAACACUUGGCAUGAAGGAUAUUUUUACUGAGGAGCAUGGAGCAGAAGAUGAUGUAAAUUUUGUAAGCAAGUCUUGGGAGUUGCUUUCUUCAGCAUCCUUAGGUCAUGAUCAAGCUACGCAAACCAUUGAAAAAGAUCUGAUAAUGGUUCAUAUGCUUCGCCUUGCUUGUGCUUCAAAGGGAGAAUUGGCCGAUGCUUUACCCCAAAUAACAACAGAGCUGUCCAGAUUAGGCGUAUUGUCAGAUUGGGCACUAGAUUUAGCUUCUAAACCGUCUUCUAUCUUUAGCAAGACCUUUGAUCAUGUUUUCCAUCAACAUGUGGUUUCCUCCAAAGUAUCUCAAUUCUGGAAACCUACUUCUGAUAUAGGGUCGCCUAAUGCAUCUCUCCCAAACUCUCGAUAUCUGAAUGACUUUGAAGAGCUACAACCACUCGGUCAUGGUGGUUUUGGUCAUGUUGUAUUGUGCAAAAAUAAGCUGGAUGGAAGACAGUAUGCGGUAAAGAAAAUUCGCCUCAAGGACAAAAGCUUGCCGGUUAAUGACCGAAUUUUGAGAGAAGUAGCUACACUUUCACGUUUGCAGCAUCAGCAUGUUGUGCGCUACUAUCAGGCAUGGUUUGAAACAGGCAUUGCUGGUUCUUUUGGAGAUGCCACUUGGGGUUCUAGUACUGCCGCGAGCUCCACGUUCAGCCAUCGAGGUGCAAGUUCAGCUGAUGUUGGGCAAGACAAUAAGCUUGAAUCAACAUAUCUUUAUAUUCAAAUGGAGUAUUGUCCAAGGACUCUUCGCCAAGAUUUUGAAUCAUAUAAUCACUUUGACAAAGAGCGAGCAUGGCAUCUGUUUCGACAAAUUGUUGAAGGCUUGGCACACAUACAUGGACAUGGAAUCAUCCAUCGGGACUUAACACCUAACAAUAUCUUUUUUGAUGCGCGCAGUGAUAUUAAAAUUGGUGAUUUUGGGCUUGCCAAGUUCUUGAAGUUGGAGCAGCUGGAUCAUGAUACAACCUUACCUACAGAUACAAAUUGUGUUUCAAUUGAUGGAACUGGUCAAGUUGGAACCUACUUUUAUACUGCACCCGAAAUUGAGCAAGGUUGGCCAAAGAUUGAUGAAAAGGCUGACAUGUACAGCUUAGGGAUUGUGUUUUUCGAGCUUUGGCACCCUUUUGGGACAGCCAUGGAGAGACAUAUUAUUCUGUCUGAUUUGAAACAGAAAGGACAGCUUCCUCCCUCAUGGGUUACUCAAUUUCCAGAGCAAGCAUCCUUGUUGCAACGCUUGAUGUCUCCAAGUCCAUCUGAUCGUCCAUCUGCUACAGAUCUUCUAAAGCAUGCAUUUCCUCCAAGAAUGGAGUCUGAGUUGUUAGACAACAUUCUAAGAACAAUGCAAACUUCCGAAGAUAGAAGUGUGUAUGAUAAAGUUGUGAAUUCUAUCUUUGAUGAAGAGACGUUAAGCUUGAAAAGCCAGCACCAGAAUGCUAGCCAAUUGAGGAUAGGUGCAGAUGAUACUUCUUCCAUUCAAUAUGCAGAUUUAGACACUGAGCUCCGUGAUUAUGUUAUUGAGGCCACAAGGGAAUUGUUCAAACAACAUUGUGCAAAGCAUUUGGAAAUAAUACCCAUGCGCUUAUUGGAUGAUUGUCCACAGUUUUCUAGAAACACGGUCAAACUUUUGACUCAUGGAGGAGAUUUGCUUGAACUUUGUCAUGAGUUGCGGCUGCCUUUUAUUAGCUGGGUUAUUGCAAACCAGAAAUCUUCAUUCAAACGGUACGAAAUAUCAUCUGUUUAUAGGAGAUCGAUCGGUCGUUCACCACCAAAUCAGUAUCUACAGGGUGACUUUGACAUUAUCGGAGGUGCAUCAGCACUGAUGGAAGCGGAGGUUAUCAAGGUUAUGAUGGACAUAGUAACUCGCUUCUUUGUCUCGGACUAUUGUGAUAUUCAUCUAAAUCAUGGGGACCUAUUGGAUGCUAUUUGGUCGUGGGUAGGAAUCAAGCCAGAGCAUAGGCGGAAAGUAGCAGAGCUUCUUUCUUUGAUGGGUUCCUUGCGUCCUCAAUCCUCUGAGCGGAAGUUGAAAUGGGGAGUAAUAAGGCGUCAGCUUUUGCAGGAACUAAAUUUAGCUGAAGCUGUUGUGAAUAAGUUGCAGACUGUUGGUUUGAGGUUCUGUGGAGCUGCAGACCAGGCCCUUCCUCGAUUAAGGGGAGCCCUUCCAGCUGAUAAACCUACCCGCAAGGCCCUUGAUGAAUUGUCAGACCUCUUUAUCUAUUUGAAAGUUUGGAAGAUAGAAAACCAUGUUUAUAUAAAUCCGCUAAUGCCAUCGACUGAGAACUAUCAUAGAGAUUUAUUUUUUCAGAUAUAUUUAAUGAAGGAUAACAGUCCCGGAUCACUCGGUGAAGGCGUAUUGCUUGCUUUAGGUGGUCGCUAUGACUAUUUACUUCGUCAAAUGUGGGACCGUGAAUACAAAACAAGUCCUCCUGGUGCUGUUGGUGCCAGCCUUGCAUUGGAGACAAUAAUUCAGCAUUCUCCUGUAGAUUACAAACCAUUUAGAAAUGAAGCUUGCACCAAUAUACUUGUUUGUUCAAGAGGAGGAGGCGGUUUAUUGGUUGAGAGAAUGGAACUAGUUGCUGAGCUAUGGGAAGCAAAUAUCAAGGCUCAGUUUGUCCCUGUACCUGAUCCAAGCCUUACAGAGCAGUAUGAAUAUGCAAGUGAGCAUGAUAUAAGAUGCCUCGUCAUCAUAACAGAUGCAGGUCUGUCACAAACAGAAACCGUCAAGGUACGUCAUCUUGAACUUAAGAAAGUGAAAGAAGUUGAGAGAGAAAAGCUUGUUAGUUUUCUAUCGAAUGCAAUGGCAACACAAUUCAGAAAUCCCUCAGUUUGGAUUUAGGCAUGCUUUCUUUCAUUUGAGAAAUGAACUGAGUCAAGUUUUUGUCUGCUUCUUUUGGAUCUGUUAAAGAUUCGAGUUGCUGAAGCUGCUCUUCCAGUCCCAGUAAGGGAAUAUAGAGUUAAUCAAAUAGAGAACUACAACAAAUUAUCAGUCAGUAGACAGAAACUAGAUACACAAGAAGUUUUGCAGCUUUAGAUUUUUGUUUUCUGGUGGCUUUUUAAGUGACAUUUAUACAGUUUUUCUCCAUACCUUUGAUGAUGUAAUUGUAAAUAUUAAAUAUGCAAGAUUUCAAUAUAGUUUGUUCAAACGAAGAAGAGGAAGGGUAAGAAACUAGCCUUUUGUGCAAUGAAUGGAGAAAGGAGAAUUUUAAUCUCCAGUUCUGCAAA